AUGCUCUCUAGAUCUGAACCGGACGGCGAAACGGAUCCUCUUCUGACCGGCUUAGGCUCCAGAAUCCAAAGUCGACACGACUUUGUUGUCUUCGGACGUGUACCCUGGCCAAAAGAAGAGGAGAGAGCAUUGGUGGAGAAAAACUUUCUGUAUACGCCACAAAAUGUGGACGGUAAGUCAUUUUAUCUCCCAAUGGCUCGCUAG